AUGUUGCACAUUCCUGUUAAUGUCAGUACAAUGGGCCCUCUUUGGUGUUACUGGAAUUUUCCAACAGAAUGCUUCUGCGGCGCUAUUGUGCGGGCGGUCUCCAGUCGGAGAUAUCCAUACACAAGUAUGGCCAGUCAUUUACGCGAUGUUGCGCAACUUAAUCAGAUCAAGCUAGUUUAUGGUCUUACUAGGGAGUUAGAUUUGAGUGAUUCUCAUGAAGCAGAGACUAGUGGGCGACACUUGGCAGACUGUGAGCUCUUCAAUAUGUUCAUAGUAUGUCUUGCAGCUGACAUACUUAGAUCCUGA